AUGUUUCUUGCAAAGGCGAUCCUGGAAGGGGCAGAUCGGGGUCUUGGGGAGGCUCUUGGAGGCCUUCUUGGAGGAGGAGGAGGAGGAGGAGGAGGAAGGGGAGGAGGAGGUCAGCGAAGAGGAGGAGGAGGCCACAUCGGAGGGAUCAUUGGAGGAAUUGUCAAUUUUAUCAGCGAGGCUGCGGCAGUUCAGUAUACCCCAGAGCCGCCUCCCCCGCAGCAGCUGCACUUCACCGCUGUGGAGGCCUCCGAAAGCGAGGAAGUCAGGCGGUUUCGGCAGCAAUUUGCACAGCUGGCUGGACCCGACAUGGAGGUGGGUGCCACUGACCUGAUGAAUAUUCUCAACAAAAUCCUUUCUAAGCAUAAGGAUCUGAAGACAGAGGGCUUCAGCCUUGAGACCUGCAGGAGCAUUGUGUCUCUCAUGGACAGCGACACGACAGGGAAGCUGGGCUUUGAGGAGUUUAAGUACUUCUGGAACAACAUCAAGAAAUGGCAGUGUGUUUUUAAGCAGUAUGACCCUGGCCAUACCGGCUCUCUCAAAGGCUCCCAGCUGCACGGGGCUCUGAAGGCGGCAGGCUUCCAGCUAAAUGAGCAACUCUACCUAAUGAUUGUCCGACGGUACGCUGACGAGGAUGGCGCUAUGGAUUUUAACAACUUCAUCAGUUGCCUGGUUCGCCUGGAUGCCAUGUUUCGCGCCUUCAAGGCUCUGGAUCGUGAUGCGGAUGGCCUGAUUAAGGUGUCCAUCCGAGAGUGGCUGCAGCUGACCAUGUAUUCCUGAAGUGGAUGCAGAGAGGUAGAGACAGAGAGGCCCUCCCUGGAGGACCGGACUGCAGAAAGCC